GAUCGGAUAGGAGGACGCGGCUCGCGUCACAGGAAAAAGGAAGUAAAGGGAAAAGUUGCAGGAGAUGUAGGACCAUCAUGGGACGGUCCAGUACUCUCGCCGGCUGCCUGGCAGUCUUUCCCCGUCUCUUCAGUGUCCCUCAAAGCACUCGGAUUCACUACCCUAACCACGGACUCUCCACCCUGUCUCACGUCCGCUAUGAGUGGAGGUUUGUCACUCCUUCGCAGACCGGGCAGCACGUUCGAUGUGGAAGCAUCGACUCAGCUUUCAGGCAGCAUAUACAGGACCUGAGCCCCGCCGAAAACAGGCUCCUGGAUAAAAUGUACCUAGGGCUGAUUGGGGGUCAACGGGCGUCUCUGGCGGAGUCCAUCACGCUGGUGGAGACGCAGCAUCCUAGGAAGAAAGAGCUGGCCCAGGUGCUGCUGCAGAGGGUGCUGGCCUACAGGGAGGAGCAGGAGAAGAGUAACGGAGGAAAACCGGAAGCCUUCCGAGUAGGUCUCUCUGGACCUCCAGGAGCUGGGAAGUCGACCUUCAUCGAGGUGGUGGGCAAGAUGCUGACGGCGCGGGGGAGCAAGGUGUCUGUGCUGGCUGUGGACCCCUCCUCCUGCACCACAGGAGGGUCCUUGAUGGGCGACAAGACACGCAUGACGGAGCUGUCCCGGGACAUGCAGGCCUUCAUCAGGCCCUCGCCGGCCUCUGGGACACUUGGGGGCGUCACCAGGACCACCAACGAGGCCAUCGUGCUCUGUGAAGGGGCCGGGUACGACACGGUGCUGGUGGAGACCGUAGGUGUGGGUCAGUCUGAGUUUGCUGUGGCUGACAUGGUGGACAUGUUUGUGUUGCUGAUUCCACCAGCAGGGGGCGAUGAACUCCAGGGCAUCAAGCGGGGCAUCAUCGAGAUGGCCGACCUGGUGGUGGUCACCAAGUCCGACGGAGACCUGGUGGUCCCGGCGCGGAGGAUUGCCACCGAGUACACCAGCGCCCUCAAACUGCUGCGCAAGAAGUCCAAGACCUGGAGCCCCAAGGUGGUGCGGGUCUCCUCGGAGACGGGGGAGGGCAUCCAGGAGCUGUGGGCCAUGAUCGAGGGCUUCAGAGACGCGGUGCUGAGCAGCGGGGAGCUGCAGGCCCGGCGGCGGGCCCAGCAGAAGGUCUGGAUGUGGAGCCUGAUCCGGGAGAACGUCCUGAGACACUUCCGGGAGCACCCCGCCGUGCGGAGGGAGCUCCCCCGCCUGGAGGACCGCGUCACCAGGGGGGCCGUGUCCCCGGGCCUGGCUGCCGACCUGCUCCUCAAAGCCUUCUCCUCCUCCUCCAACACCUCCUCUUCGUCAUAGCCUUCGUCAUGGGCAACGGGACCACAAUGUGAUUGGGCCGUUCCCAUAAAGCGUCCCGUGAUUUCAGAAGCCACACCAGAAUUCACGCCGGUGUAUUUAUUGUUUGUGAAUUAUAUCAACAAUGCAGUGUGGUAAUUUGACACACAAGCACAGUGGAAGGGUGUCAAUUGUGAUUAUUAUUGAGUAUGUAAUUGUUAUGUCUUUUACUGAGGUGAUUUCCUAAUGUGUGUGUGUCUUUUUAACACGGUGAAAGUGCUGUGAGGAAUAAAGAUGAAGGCCCUUUACAAUGUCAGUAACUUUCUGGGCCAUGUGUUCUUCGCCCCGAGCCCUGGUGGAUUUACAGUUCCCUUCCAAAGUGAGAUGGUGAUCUGUAACCAAUGAGGGGAUGGUUGACCUCAAUACCUGCCCAGCAACAGAGACUUGAGACACUACAUCUUUGACCUGAUUUGACGGAGUGCGGAGAGACAAGGAAGACUUGUUCUACACAGGGAUAGUCCCGCUGUAACACAAUGAACUGGAAAAUUAGAAUCUGUGGAUGUGACUAUUUCAAUUAAAUGGGACGCCUAGAAAAGCUUUGCAUUAUAAACGGGCCAUUUUGGUUUGGUCACAAACAGGUGCUCUUAAAAAGCUUUCGUGUAUGUUAUUAAUCCAACCAUUGGAGAACAAUGUUGGACUGGUAAUAAUUGAAUAAAUCAGCUGUUGACUGAC